CCCAUGUAAGAGACAUGAUGGCGUUGGAAGCUUCUCUUGAAUCCACUCCGACUUGGGCUGUCGCUGGCGUUUGCUCCGUUUUGAUCUUCAUAGCCCUCCUUAUAGAACAUGCCCUCCAUCUACUAACCUCGGUCGUCAGGAGAAGAAAGAGAAAGACUCUUGACCAGGCUAUCUAUCAGAUAAAGGCAGAACUAAGGAACUUGGGGUUCAUGUCCUUGUUGCUGACUGUGGCUAAGCAACCCAUCUCAAAGAUCUGUAUACUGAGAAGUUUGGGGGACUCCCUUCUUCCAUGCAAAAAUGCCCCAACUACCAGCGGCUUAGCACUCGAAGAGAUGGAUUCUUGUGAAAAAGAGGGGAAGGUACCUCUUUUGUCUGCAGAAGCUACACAACAGCUGCAGGUACUGAUCUUUGUGAUGGCUGUGUUCCAUGUCCUCUGUUGCCUUCUGACCUUGGGACUUGGAGAGGCCAAGAUGAAAAGGUGGGAAUCAUGGGAAGAAGAGACCCAAACUUUAGAGCAUCAGUUAUCUCAUGAUCGCCGUAGGUUCAAGCUUGCGAGGCAAACAUCAUUCGGGAAGCGGCAUCUGAACUUCUGGAGUAACCACCGCUUGCUUCUUUGGCUCGCCUGCUUCAGGAGACAGUUCACUGAUUCAGUCUCAAAAGCUGACUACUUUGCUCUACGUGAGGGCUUCCUUAGGCUUCAUCUUACUCAGAACUGCAAUUUUGAUUUCCACAAGUUUCUUCAAAGAUCUCUAGAUCAAGACUUUGUGACGGCAAUCAGAAUCAGUAACUGGGUCUGGGCAUAUGUUAUCUUGAUCAUAUUUUUCAGUGCUCAUGGAUUUUACAACCAUUACUGGCUGCCUUUGAUCCCCUUGGUGAUGCUCUUGGGUAUUGGAACCAAGCUAGAGGUCAUCAUAACCAGAAUGUGCUUAGAAGGCAAAGAAGCAACUGUUGUUCCAGGAACUGUUGGCGUAGAGCCCAAAAAUGACUUAUUCUGGUUCGGAAAACCUCAAUUGCUUCUGCAUCUGAUCCAAUUUAUUCUUGUUCAGAACUCUUUUCAGCUUGCAUUCUUCACUUGGACAUGGUACAAAUUCGGGCUCCGAUCUUGCUUCCACAAAGAAACUGAAGACAUUAUCCUGAGUUUUGGAAUUGGCAUCAUGGUUCAAUUCUUGUGUGCUUAUGUUACCUUACCUCUAUAUGCAUUGGUCGCUCAGAUGGGUUCAUCAAUGAGAAAGACCAUAUUCACAGACAGGGUAGUUCAAGGUUUGAGGAAUUGGCAUGAAUUAGCUAAGAAAAAUCUUUCUAUGAAGACAUCCAUGCCUUCGAGUUCUACGCUGCAGCGCUUACCAUGUCCAAGAGCUGCAAUAUUAUCAUCCGAUGCCCGGAUAUCAGGUGUCUCACGAUUUGAGUAUCCAUCAGGAAGGAGGGAACUAUUGGAGAUCCAGAGAGUUGCAGAAGAGAUGAUUGAGUGUCGUGUUAACAAUGUGCCAUAUGAUGGAGAGAUUUCUUUUAGGCUCUGGAGGAAGCAAGAAGUGAUUUCUCCACAAAGAGAGCGUCACUGACGAUGUUAUGAGUUGUUAUUAACAGUACAGAGAAUUUCAUUAAUCCACUAAAUAUAUUUUUUCUCAUUAUUUCCAACUGAUGCAACAGAAGUUUUAAAAGAGGACUCGUGCAAUGGAAGUUCUCCUGUAAAUUUCUCCAUA